CAACAAAACAAAAGAGCUAACUCAUGUUAAGCAAGUAUUCUAUUAAGUUUUGGGUUGGGUUUUCUUAUUCUUCAGGACGACCACAUGUUGGAGCUGAUAUUCCUAUUACUAUUUUAGUGAUGAGAAAACUGAGCCAUAUUAGUAACUGCCUGAUCAUUUUCUCCUAUGUUCUCUACCUCCCAUGUCUUGACCAACCUCAGAUUUAUACUGCCACCAUUAAAGAAGCUCUGGAUUGGGUGAUGUGGACUCUUUUUUAGGCUUAGAACGUGGGAAUGGAGUGAGGAGAAUCUGUUCAAGAGAAGACUGUGCAACCCAAUUUGAGACCUAGAUCAACAUUCCCAAAAUGGGGGCCUGGUGGGAAAGCUUGUGUCUGACUCUGCCUUCCUUAAGAAGUGCCACACCUCUGCAAUCAACUCUAUACAGCUUAGUUCACUGGGGCUUGAAUUCCACUGUUCUUCUCCAAAUUUUGUUUGAGGGUGUUUGUAGCACAGUUUGGAAGCUGAAAUGAAGGGACAGGAAGGUUUAUUAAUGUAUGUCAUUGAGAACGCUAAAGCCUCCUUUUCCUCUCUCUGGAUUUUGUAGCGUUUGAACUUCUCAGAUAGAGGAACCCCAGUGAAGACUGAUCAGUUCUUACAGUUCUCAAAGCAUGGCCCACUUUCAGGGAUCAGUGACAUUUGAGGAUGUGGCCAUAGCCUUCUCCCAGCAGGAGUGGGAGAGUCUGGACUCUUCCCAGAGGGGCUUGUACAGAGAUGUGAUGUUGGAGAACUACAGGAACUUGGUGUCAAUGGCAGGACAUUCCCUUUCUAAACCACAUGUGAUCGCCUUAUUGGAACAAUGGAAAGAGCCUGAAGUGACAGUGAGGAAAGAUGGAAGAAGAUGGUGCACAGAUUUGCAGUUGGAAGAUGAUACAAUCGGCCAUAAAGAAAUGCCCACCUCUGAAAACUGUCCAUCUUUUGCUCUACAUCAGAAAAUAAGUAGACAGAAACCAUGUGAAUGUCGGGAAUAUGGAAAGACUCUUUGUCAAGACUCAAAGCCUGUUCAACAUGAAAGAAUACAUAGUAGUGAAAAACCCAACAGAUGUAAAGAAUGUGGGAAGAACUUUAGUAAUGGACAUCAACUCACCAUACAUCAGAGAUUGCAUGUUGGUGAGAAACCCUAUAAAUGUGAGAAAUGUGGGAAGGUCUUUAUCAGUGGCUCAGCCUUUGUUAAGCAUGGGAGAAUUCACACUGGUGAGAAACCACUCAAACGUAAGCAAUGUGGAAAGACUAUUAGCGGUAGCUAUCAACUUACAGUACAUAAGAGUAUUCAUACUGGGAAGAAACCAUAUGAGUGCGGGGAAUGUGGGAAAGCUUUUCUAGUAUAUGGAAAGCUUACCCGGUAUCAGAGUACUCACACUGGUGAAAAACCCUUUGGGUGUGAGGAGUGUGGGAAGGCCUUCAGUACCUUUUCGUACCUGGUUCAACAUCAGCGAAUUCAUACCGGUGAAAAACCCUAUGAAUGCAAAGAAUGUGGGAAGGCCUUUAGCACUAGCUCACCCCUUGCUAAGCAUCAGAGAAUUCAUACUGGUGAGAAACCCUAUGAAUGUAAGGAGUGUGGGAAGGCCUUCACUGUGUAUGGACAGCUUACUCGACAUCAGAGUAUUCAUACUGGUGAGAAACCUUUUGAAUGUAAGGAAUGUGGAAAGGCCUUUAGACUUAGCUCCUUCCUUCAUGCACAUCAGCGAAUUCACGCAGGGAUAAAGCCCUACGGAUGCAAGGAAUGUGGGAAAACCUUCAGUCAUGCCUCAUAUCUUGUUCAACAUGGAAGACUUCACACUGGUGAGAAGCUCUAUGAAUGUAAGGAGUGUGGCAAGGCCUUUAGUACUGGCUCAUACCUUGUUCAGCAUCAGAGGAUCCAUACUGGGGAGAAACCCUAUGAAUGUAAGGAAUGUGGCAAAGCCUUUAUUAGUUGCCAUCAGCUUACCGUACAUCAAAGGGUUCAUACUGGAGAGAAACCCUAUGAGUGUAAGGAAUGUGGCAAGGCCUUCAGAGUGCACGUACAUCUCUCACAGCAUCGGAAAAUUCAUACUGAUGUAAAGUGCUAUGAAUGUAAGGAAUGUGGAAAGACUUUUAGUCGAGCCUCGUACCUUGUACAACAUGGCAGAAUCCAUACUGGUAAGAAGCCCUAUGAGUGUAAGGAGUGUGGCAAGGCCUUCAGUUCUGGCUCAUACCUUAUUCAGCAUCAAAGAAUUCAUACUGGGGAGAAACCCUAUGAAUGUAACAAAUGUGGGAAAGCCUUUACUGUUUAUGGACAACUUAUUGGACAUCAGAGUGUUCACACUGGUGAGAAACCUUUUGAAUGUAAGGAAUGUGGGAAGGCCUUUAGACUUAAUUCAUUCCUUACUGAACAUCAGCAGGUACACACUGGUGAGAAACCCUUUAAAUGUAAAAAAUGUGGGAAGACCUUUAGAUACAGUUCAGCCCUUAAAGUGCAUCUGAGAAAGCAUAUGAGUGUUAUACCCUAAGAGUCUGAGGAGUGUGGGAAGUGCUUCGUGUGUGGCUCAAACAUUGUUGAACAUCAGGGAAUUUAUGCGGGUAGGAAACUUUCAAAUGUGAAGAAUAUUGGCAGGUCUAUUCUCAUCUUUCUUAUAAGAUAAUUCAUAAUAUAAUUCAGAAAACAUAAGAAUCUUCAUUUGUCAUUUCUAGGUUUGUAAUACCAAUAUUUAUACUGGCAGACCAUUCAGAAAAAGUGGGAAACAUUAUUACUUAAUGGUUACAGCAUUGACAGCAUGAAAUUUUAUAUGAUGUAUUUAUUCUAAUGUGAUUGUAUGAACAAGUGAAUAAAAAACCUUGUACCUCCUAAA